AUUCUACUGGUAAUAAUUAAAUACAUUCAUCCAAUUGCCGAUUUUUUCAAACACAUUAGUUCACCCAUCAGCUGUUUCUUGUUUUCUUUUUUUACGGUGAACCGAUCUGUGUCACACCUUUUUGUUAUUUUAAUUCGUGGUAUUUUCAUUUCAAUGGCUAACAGGGCGGCUGGUUUGGUAAUUUCUCGUAAAAUUGGUGAACAGAUUCAAUAUUUGUUGUUACGGGCGUCUUACGGAGAUUUUCACUGGAGUUCACCGAAAGGGCACGUCGAUCCGGGCGAAGAUGAUUUUAUGGCGGCUUUGCGGGAGACUCAAGAGGAAGCCGGGUAUGCUGAGGAAGACUUAAUCAUCUUUAAGGAUCAACCAAAAAUACUGAAUUAUAAUGUAAAGGGGAAACCGAAAGUGGUUAUAUAUUGGUUAGCUCAAUUAAAAGACUCUUGCAAGGAACCAACAUUGUCUGACGAACAUACUGAAAUGAAAUGGUUAACAAAAGACGCUGCAAAAAAAAUUGUUGGUUAUAAGGAUAAUCAGCAAAUGAUUGACGAAUUUCACGAAUUCAUUCUUAGUCUAUCAUAAGAGUUCUGCAGCAAAUUUUUAGGUUCAAUAUAUAAGGAUUUGGAUAAUUAGUGUAACGAAUUUCUCGAUAAAUCGUCUUAACUUUUGAGUUCGAUCACUGAAUUGUCAAAUAAAAAAACCAAACAAAUGGG